AUGGAUCCAGCGAUGGAUGGCGUAUGCGGCGACAGCAAUCUCAGCGCGGCCGCAGGAACGUGUAAUGAUCACGACUCGAGCUUUCAAUCUGGUAACAAUCAAUCCUGCGCAACUCCGGAUACCUCGGAGCUUGAAACGGGCUGUGCCAUCGCUUCGACUUGCAAAACAUCCAAGUACCAGCACGGCUGGCGACGUAUCGUGCAAAACUUUACUCCAUCCUGGUUCGCGGUUAACAUGGGUACUGGUAUUGUCUCGAUUUUGCUGCACAAUCUGCCCUACAAUGCGCACUGGCUACGCUACAUCUCAUAUGUGGUCUUUGCUCUAAAUGUUCUACUUUUUGUGCUAUUCUUGCUCAUCAGUAUUCUGCGGUACACUCUCUAUCCGAAGAUCUGGGUAGCUAUGCUCCAACAUCCUAUGCAGAGUCUUUUCCUCGGAUGCUUUCCUAUGGGCCUCGCGACGAUUAUCAACAUGACAUGCUUUGUCUGCGUGCCUGCUUGGGGGGGCGGUUGGUGGAAAGUUGCUUGGGCGCUAUGGUGGAUUGAUGCUGCGAUUGCGACAUCAACAUGCCUCUAUUUGCCCUUUGUUAUCAUGCUUUAUCAUGACGCAAAGCUGGAAAACGUUACCGCCGCCUGGCUACUACCAAUCGUCAGCACCAUUGUUGCGGCUGCUACUGGAUCAAUCGUCGCUGCUAUCAUGCCGCACCCUCAACUGCAAUUGAUUACGAUCAUAACCUCGUACAUCCUCUGGGGAAAGGGGGUGUCCCUUGCAAUGGUCGUGCUGGUCUGCUAUUUCUUGCGCCUCACUACGCAAAGGCUCCCGCCCAAAGAGGUCAUUGUGUCGGUAUUCCUACCUCUCGGUCCCUUGGGCCAAGGUGGGUUUUGCAUUCAGAAUCUUGGGAGCGUGGCCAGACAGGUGUUCCGCGAGACCGAUACGUUGCCGCUUAGCAUGGUCUACGCAGGCGAUAUCUUGUACAUCGUAGGCUUCAUGAUCGGAAUGGUCAUGUGGGCAUUUGGACUUGUCUGGUUCUUCUUUGCGCUGGCGACCAUCUGGCACACGCCAAAGUUUCCCUUCAAUUUGGGCUGGUGGGGAUUUACGUUUCCGCUUGGCGUCUACACGGUCUGCACAACACAGCUCGCGAAAGAGCUUCCGUCUGCAUUUUUUCGGGUGGUCGGGACAGCCUUUAGCGUAGCCGUGACGCUGCUAUGGAUCGUUGUCACCUGUGGCACGCUCAAGAGUGCAUACAGUGGCGAGAUAUUGGUCGCGCCUUGUUUGAAGGAUCUUACCGAUCAGGACAUGGAGUCGCAUUUUAUGCAUAGAGGAGGUCCUCAGAACAGAAAGGAAGGAUGA